AGUCAGGUCAGCAGGAUGCUGAAGGGCAGGCUCAGGGCAAGCUUGAAUUUGCCAGUCAGAUCAGCCUCGUCCUCAUGGGUAGAGCUGAACUUCAGCGGUCAAAGCAGCGUGUCUGAUCUGUUCAUGGAUUUUACUGCCGGAUUCAGUGUGUACAGCUCAAGCUCCUCAUCAUACUCACUGGAGGGGUCUGUAGAGCCCAUGCAGAUAGAUGCUGACCCUCAGGAAGACCAGCAGAAUGCGCCUGACACCAACUAUGUUGUGGAAAACCCGACAUUGGAUCUAGAGCAGUAUGCCUCCAGUUACAGUGGGCUGAUGAGGAUCGAGAGGCUGCAGUUUAUUGCAGACCACUGCCCCCAGCUACGAGUGGAAGCACUGAAGAUGGCCCUGUCCUUUGUCCAAAGAACCUUUAAUGUUGAUGUCUACGAAGAAAUCCAUCGCAAACUCACUGAAGCCACAAGGGAUGUGCAAGGUGUCCCAGAUGCUGUACCGGAGGGGGCAGUUGAACCCCCUCCUCUCGACACAGCCUGGGCAGAAUCCACCAGGAAAAAAGCCCUGCUCAAACUGGAGAAGCUGGACACCGACCUUAAGAACUACAAGGGAAACUCCAUCAAGGAAAGCAUAAGGAGGGGUCAUGAUGACCUUGGAGAUCACUAUCUUGACUGUGGUGACCUCAGCAAUGCCCUGAAAUGCUACUCCCGGGCCAGAGACUACUGCACUAGCGCCAAGCAUGUCAUCAACAUGUGUCUUAAUGUAAUCAAGGUUAGCGUUUACCUCCAAAACUGGUCCCAUGUACUUAGCUACGUCAGCAAGGCUGAAUCCACUCCAGAGAUAGCAGAGCAACGAGGAGAGAGAGAUAGUCAAAACCAAGCUGUUCUAACCAAACUGAAAUGUGCUGCAGGAUUGGCAGAACUUGCCUCAAGAAAGUAUAAACCGGCUGCCAAGUGCUUCCUGCAAGCCUCCUUUGACCACUGCGACUUCCCUGAGCUACUUUCCCCCAGUAAUGUAGCAGUGUACGGGGGGCUGUGUGCCCUGGCUACAUUUGACAGACAGGAACUGCAACGAAAUGUCAUCUCAAGCAGCUCCUUUAAAUUAUUUUUAGAGUUGGAACCACAAGUCCGUGAUAUUAUCUUCAAGUUUUACGAGUCGAAGUAUGCAUCUUGUCUGAAAAUGCUGGAUGAAAUGAAGGAUAAUCUCCUCCUAGACAUGUAUCUGGCCCCUCAUGUAAGAACACUGUACACACAAAUCAGGAACAGAGCCCUCAUACAGUACUUUAGCCCAUAUGUGUCAGCAGACAUGAACAAAAUGGCCGUGGCCUUUAAUACCACAGUGGCAGCUCUGGAGGAUGAAUUGACCCAGCUGAUCCUGGAGGGCCUGAUCAAUGCUCGUAUCGACUCCCACAGCAAGAUUCUGUAUGCCAGGGACGUGGAUCAGAGAAGCACAACCUUUGAGAAGUCUCUACAGAUGGGCAAAGAGUUCCAGAGACGAGCGAAAGCCAUGAUCCUGCGGGCAGCUGUGCUUCGUAAUCAGAUACACGUCAAGUCCCCUCCAAGAGAAGGCAGUCAAGGGGAGCUCACACCUGCCAACAGCCAAACACGAAUGAGCACCAACAUGUGAAGGCUCGACCAGAUGCCUCUCCUAGGAAAGUACACGGGGCCACUGCCGCAUCCUAGGCCCCCCCGUUUAGAAAUCAAUUAUUUCCCUGCUGAAGAGAGAAAAAUCACAAUCUAAAGACUUUAUUUAAGUUGGGAAGAAGAUAUCUGUUGUCUGUAUUAAAGACAAGCACACCCUGUUGCUCAAAUGAAAAGGAAAAAAAGAUAAAAAGAGAAAUGCGGCGGUUAAGCUGUACUGGCCUGUUGUUCUUUGUAAAGGAUGCACUUUCCUCUGUAUCUUGUGACAAACCUUGAUUACACAUUGAGAAACCUCAUCACGAAACAUGCUUUUAAAAUAAACAUACAUUCAAAAAGAUGCUUCAACCCGGAAAGGUUCUUUCUCCAUGUGUUACUGAUGCUGCAGUCGGAAAUGCAGUUUCAUUUGAAGACGUUCAACAAUUGCAGCAUCAUCUCUGUUUACUAACUUCUCUGUUGUAUUGUGUUCUGCUGUUUAAGUAAGAUUGUUACUCCAGUGAAUCAUCAUCAGCUGGUUGGUGACCUUCAACAAAGGUAGAUUUUAUUUGCUUUUAUGGCCUUG